UUCGCAGCAAAGAACACAUUGAUCAUGCUGGCAGACCUCAUCCACCACGACGGGUUUCCGCUUCCGCCGACGUACUCCAUCGAGCACUUUGUCAGUGGCCAAACACUGCCUGCGCGUCCCUCGGAUGUGUUCGUGUGUGCGUACCCAGACUGUGGUACGUCGUGGGUCCUAGGCCUUGUGAUCGCGCUGCUCCGAGAAGACGAAAACGCGGUACAAGCCGCGAUUGACGAUGCUGCAACGGUGCCCCACUUGGAACGCGAUGGACGCGAGGCGUGUGAGCGCAUGACGUCCAAGGAUGUCGUUCGUCUCUUCCGUACGCAUUUACCGUACGAUCGCACGCCCCACCACGACGACGCCAAGUACAUUGUCGUGGGCAGGAAUCCCAAAGACACGUCCGCGUCCUACUACUACCGCCAUAUCCAAGACCAGGCGAUAUGGGGCGAUUACUUUGACGCGUUCCUCGCGGGAAAUGUCGAAUUCGGCGACUUCUUCGAGUUCUUCGUGCCGUGGUUUCGUCGCCAUGGCGACAACAAUGUCCUGUUCCUUACAUACGAAUACUUGCUGGCUGAACCUCGCGACGGGCUCUUGCGAAUCGCGCGCUUCUUGGGUCAAGAUGCGCUGGAAGAUCGCCUCGUUGAACAUGACAGUACCCUGCUACGCGCGAUCCUGCAUGCCGUCCAGACCGAGAAGAGUCGUGUCAAGGUUGGCGGCUGGCGAAAUCUUUACACCUCCGAGCAGUCGCCCGCGAUGGACGCUCGGUUCCGUGAAAUGACCAGCGGCACCGGCGCGGAGCACAUGUGGAGCGACGUCAUGUAGAUGCGUAAAUUGAAGAAAGACGGCUCUAUCUUUAAUUAAGGUGAAACCGCCA